AUGCCACGACUGCAGACGCUCUGGACACAAGGGAGAAUUCUGCAAAAAUGUCCCGAAGAAGAAGAAACGGAAGUCGAAGCAGAAGCGAAAAUCGAUGGGGAAAAAGAUCUCGCAAAUGCUACAUGGGAUGUCAAAAUGGAAUCUCAAUUCAAUCGUCGAAAUGGAGCUCGACGCCACAGCUUUGAGAUCAACGACGUAAUUUUUGCCAAGGAUUAUCGAGGACAGAAACCUACUUGGACUCCCGGUUUCAUCACCCUCCGUGUUGGAAACGCAACCUACAGUGGAAACAAAAUGUGCUCGACUUAUCACUACUCGACUCUGCGAGGAAGGGCGAUUGUGCGACGUCUACUGCCGACUCGUCCUAACGACCACAACGCCUUCGACGACCUCACCGCCGACUACAGGUCAAAUUUAGAUCGAAUCAUGCCAGCUAGAUCUACUCGUGUUGCAAAAAGACAAUGUCCUCUCUCUUCACAAGCUACCUCUGGUAUUGAGACGCAAACGGUAAAAUCUUCUCAAUCAACAGAACAGGACUACAGUGGGAGGCAAAAUGCUGCCAGGCCAGUGCUUGCUGAAAAAGUUAAAUCGGGUUUUGCCGAACAGUUGGAAGCUGACAAACGGUCGCCUAGCAUAAAAGGAGAUAAAGCUGAAGCUCUGGUUAUGCAUUCUGCCAAUGCCUUUCCUUCAAACUGUGGCGAUACCAUUCCAGAAAUUGUUGGCAUAGCUCCUGUCCAACAACAAUGCAGUAACAUGUGUUUCCAUCCUAUUGAUAUCUAUGAAUACUUCAAAUCUCUUAAGCCGUCGGAGUUUUACGGCAUCUAUGAUGAUGAGAAUUACCAUGAAGUACGUACUGCACUUCAAACAUCACUAGCUAAGAUGUCUGACUGGGCUUCUGAAUGGGAUUUGCACAUUAACUACGACAAGUCCCUGGUUAUUCAUUUAGGUAAAGGGGAUGUGGCCGAGUAUAGUAUAUAG